AGAUGUUCUCCUUUUUGUUUGGCAAGUAAGCAUACUACUAUUAUUACAUAUCUUGCUCAUGCUGAACUGAUGAAUUUGGCGUAUAUGCGGGGCAUCUGAUAGCGUGCCCCACUGAUGCUACCUGAAUGUUUAAUUGUUUAUUGUCUCUAAAUUGCAAAUUGAUUCCAUACGUAUGUUAGAGAAUGUUACCUUUUCGUGUACAACAUUCCUAGUGGUCAUGAACAGAAUUUGGGUUCACAGAAUUGUUGUGAAGUGAGAUCUAUGCAUAUUCAUUUCUGAUCAUCAAGAUUGCAUGGUUGGUAUUAUGACAACUAGUUCUGUUUGUUUCACCUGAUUUGCUCAUGGUUAUGCAAUCUUACAUUCAAUACUUAAAAUUACAUGAACUACUGUAAUACUUUAUCUCAUGCUCAUGCAUCUGUGAGACUGAGAGAGAGAAAAAUAACGCAUAAAUAGAAACUAAACUCCCGUACAUAGCACAACCUGUUCUAUAAAUUAGCAUUCCUCCCCAUUAGUGAUGAAGCUAGAAGCUCAGUUUCAUUCAGAGGCCAUCCCUGCAGCUAACCUCCGCCCCCUAUUCUUGGAAUCACACAAAACUAUAGCUUACAUCCUGGCUUGAUACAAGAAGAUAUAUCAGUUCUAGUGCCAAAAAUCGUAGUUCUCAAUUGAGAUGGCUCAGAAUCUCCAUGUACUAUGUUUCCUGAUUUUUUUCAUUGCCUUGAACCUGCAAAGUGUUCUCUCGUGGAGGAUCCAGAAUUCUACAAAUAAUAUUGGUGAUCAGUGCCCUCCGCAGCCCCAUCCUUUAGGUAUGUGCAAGUCACGAGUAGCAGCUUAUGGCUAUCCAUGUGAAGAAUAUCAGGUCACAACAGAAGAUGGCUAUAUUCUUAGCCUAAAGAGGAUCCCACAUGGUGUUUCUAAUGCUGAUAACUCGACUGAGGAUAGGACACCAGUACUUCUAUUCCAUGGGCUGCUGGUGGAUGGUUUCUGUUGGGUACUAAGUACACCAAAACAAUCACUUGCCUUCAUUUUGGCAGACAGUGGCUAUGAUGUUUGGAUUGCCAACUGUCGUGGAACAAAGUCUAGUCGGAAACAUACCUCCCUCACCCCAGAAGACCCGGAUUUCUGGGACUGGACAUGGGACCAACUUGCUGAUUAUGAUCUUCCUGCAGUACUUCAGUUUGUCUAUAAUCAAACAGGAGGCAAGAAAGUCCACUAUGUCGGUCAUUCCCUGGGAACCUUGAUUAUUCUUGCAGCCUUCUCAGAGCACAAGUUAAUAGACAUAGUGAGAUCAGCUGUGUUACUCUGCCCAAUUGCUUAUCUGCAUAGGAUGAAAUCCAGACUCAUAUGGCUUGCGGCUCGUAUCUUCCUUGCAGAAACAAUUCACAUGCUGGGUUAUCAUGAGUUUAAUCCUGUUGGGCCAGUUGCACAAGAACUGUUGGGUGAAGUCUGCACCGACCCUGAAGUUGAUUGUUAUGAUAUAUUUUCAGCAGUAGCAGGACCGGACUGCUGCCUCAAUACUUCGACUACGUGCAUCUUCCUACAGCAUGGUCCACAAUCAAGCUCUGUGAAAAAUAUGAUUCACAUGUCGCAGUUGGUCAGGAAAGCAGGGAUCAGAAAGUACGACUACGGAAACAAGAAGGAGAACAUGAAGCACUACAACCAGCCAGAGCCCCCGCUGUACAACCUCUCGUCCAUUCCGCCCCAUGUCCCCUUGUUCCUCACCCAUGGCGGCCAGGAUUUCCUGGGUGAUGUCCCAGACACCAGGCACCUCCUGCGGACUCUGGUCAGGCAGCACGACAGUGAUGACAUCGAGGUGCUGUACAUGCCAGACUACGCUCAUGGUGACUUUGUGAUGGGUUACAAUGCUCCACAACUCAUAUACAAGCCCAUGGUAGAAUUUUUCAAGCGCCAUUGACACUGAAAACCUAUACUACAGGUCACUUCAUCAUGAGCUGUAGUAAAUAGCAAUAGUUUCAGGUCAGCUUUCGGUUUAUGAUUGUAUGAAUCACACAUGUCUCUGCUCUCAUAGAUGAAGCUUGUCGGGCCAUGCUAGGGUCUCAUUUACCCAAUUCGAUUGCUAUAUAUUGCCUUAAGUAAAUAAAAAAUUCAUAGCUUGUCACACUA